GGUACAGCAGACCCGGAAGUGACUUUAACGUUGUGGAAACGUGAGGUGCCUGUGUGCAGUUGUCCAUUUCAUUGAAGAAAUUUAAGAAGUCAAACCCUUCUAAAACAUGAGUUUGUUAAACAAGCCUAAAUCUGAGAUGACUCCAGAGGAGCUCCAGAAGCGUGAGGAGGAAGAGUUUAACACUGGUCCACUUUCAGUCCUCACCCAGUCUGUGAAAAACAACACACAGGUUCUUAUCAACUGCCGCAACAAUAAGAAGCUACUGGGCAGAGUCAAAGCGUUUGACAGGCAUUGCAACAUGGUUCUGGAGAAUGUGAAAGAAAUGUGGACAGAGGUGCCCAAGAGCGGCAAGGGCAAGAAGAAGUCAAAGCCCGUGAACAAAGAUCGUUACAUCUCUAAGAUGUUCCUGAGAGGCGAUUCAGUCAUUGUGGUGCUGAGGAACCCACUCAUCACAGGGAAAUAAACUUGACGUGUAACACGUCUAUUCAAGUACAGGCAAACUCCUGGACACUCAUACACCAGCUCACCUGCGAGCUGAACUCCCUCUGACUUAGCACAUGUUAAAGUGUUUAUUAGGCCUUUGAGCAACUUAAUUUUGACAUUAAGAGACAGUACACAGUUUGCCUUGUGCUGUAACAAAUGUAUUUUGCUGGAAAAUGUUUAGCAUCAUCAUGAGAGAUGAUUGGUCAAAGAGAAGAUACAAAGAAGUUGCCAUUUGUUUUUUUUUUGUUUUUUUUAUGUUAAAGUGUGCUUUGUUUUCUAAAUAAACUUUUGGAUAUUCAAAUCUUUA